GCUCUACUUGUGUUUGUGUCUCUCUAGGGAUGACUGCUCGUAACGGGACGGAUUUAGAUGCUGCCGCUGCCAUGAAGACCUUCUCUGAGAUGGGUUAUAAGGUCCAGUUUGCCAAUGAUCAGACCGUGAAGGAGAUGAAACAACUGUUGUGUAAUGCAUCCAAGACGGACCACAGUCAAAAUGCAUCAUUUGCUUGUGUGUUGCUGAGUCACGGAGAUGACGGGGUGAUAUACGGUAUCGACGGCUGUGAACAGCUUGAGGAACUGAUUAAGCACUUUAAAGGAGAUCGCUGUAGGGGUCUGGUGGGGAAACCCAAGCUCUUCUUCAUACAGGCGUGCCGUGGGUCGGGCCUGGACGAGGGAUCCUGCAUUGAGGCUGACAGUGUGGAUGCCCAAUCAUCAUCAUCUGAGAGGAUUCCAGUGGAGGCAGACUUCCUGUAUGCUUAUUCCACUGCUCCAGGCUACUACUCAUGGAGGAACCAAAGCAACGGCUCCUGGUUCAUGCAGUCUCUGUGUGAGAUGCUGCAGAGAUUCAGCGGAGAGCUGGAGCUCAUGCAGAUCAUGACCCGAGUCAACCGCAAGGUGGCGCUGCACUUUGAGUCCUCCUCCAACUUGCCGGGGUACAGCGGGAAGAAGCAGAUCCCCUGCAUCGUCUCAAUGCUGACCAAAGACUUCUACUUUCCUAAAAAAAUAUAGAGCGUUCUUAACUACAAUCAGAGUCUAAAAACCAGGUAUUACUUAUUUUUACCGAAAAGAAAAUGCGGCAUCCAAGAGAGUAGAUCUCUUGGAUGCCGUAUUUUCUUUUCCAUUUUCUAUGUCCAUUGUCUUAAAACACUGCCAGAGCCUUGUUCAAUUAACAACAUUAAAAUGGCCGGACUUCUUUCCGCGGAUUGAUAUGACAGCACUGUAGUCCCUUCUGCAGAGCGUCGUCCUGAGCAAAGGAGAGCAGAAAGAUUAACCUCUAGAAUGUCCAAAUUGACCAAUCAGAAUCAAGUCUUCAACUGAGCUGUGUAAUAAUAAGCAUUAACUUUCUUAUAUGAUUUUUUUUUUAGUGUUUGGUUUUAGAAAACGUUUUUACUUCCUGUGGUGCAGUAAAGGGUGUUGGGAACAUUAUCAGUGAUUUCACACUAAAACAUAAGCAGAAACCUGGAAAUGUGGACUUCUUUUAUAAUAGCAUUAAACAGUAUAUUUAAGGAUAAACAAUGAGUUUAAAACAUACAA